AUGACUCUCAUCACUAUAUCUGCUAUUGUGAAGGCUGACGGCACCUUUGUGUUUCCACCCUUUGGCUUACCCGCGAAGAAAAGUAUCUCAGUCAACCAGACUAGCACCAGCGGACAGUAUCAAAUAAUUUACGACACCGUUUUCGAGGGCUUGCCCGUUGUUACGGCUACACCAGCUUGGCUGGGGCAAUACGGGAGUGGCGGCGGUUCACCUCUUGAUGGCGCCGUUAUUAACGAGCUUACCAAGUCGUUUACGACCAUUAAACUUGGGGACAGCCUGGGAAAUUCGACGUGGCGUCCUUUCACCAUUGUCCUGACCGGACAGCAGGCUCUUGCCGGUUGA